AUGCCACAUAUGAUGGACCAAGUUUCAGAAUAUCUGCAUCGGUCUCAGUGGGAAGAGCCAAGAGAUCUUCUUCCAGUAGACGAACUGGAGCAGAGAUUGGAUCUGGUCGAGCGGUUCCAGACGUGGAAGCGUACACAGCUCGCAGCGGAAGCCGAGCCAGAUGACGACGAAGCACAAAAGCAGGCCGCGGAGUGGAAACCCAAUCGCCUCGCCUACACCGCUUGCAUGACUAUGCCCCUAUCGCUGCUAGUUGAGAAACGCUCAGGAACCCAGCGGCCCGAAUUGAAGAAACCAGCAAAGCGUAGAACGGGCUCUCACGAAAGGACAGAUGUGGACUCCGGAGCUGAUAGUGGUCCUGAAGAGAGCGCCCAUUCGGCGCAAGACCCCCCGUACCAAGAGUCCAAGGGUCGAAGUCAAAAGGAAAGAAAGAAGGCACUCCGCUAUGAUGAGGGUCGAUGCAGAAUCUCCGGUUCCCCUAAUCCAGAAGUUGCUCAUCUCAUCCCUUUCUCGUUCACCAACAGCGCGAGCAGUACGGACAGGACCAUGAAAUUCAUGCGGGCCUUCGAUCUUUUCGGUGCCUCGCUUCGCAUUAUUUCACUGAUCAGCGGUGGUGCAGGACUCGGAGAGACUGAUGAUCUGAUCAAUCUGAUCUGCCUUGAUCGGAACAUUCACAGCAAUCUUGAUAAGGGCUUCCUUGGUAUCAAAUACCUUGGCAGAGUCGAUAUCCCGGGCCAGGAUACUGCAGAAAUCACGCUGCAGGUUAUGUGGAUGCCGAUGGUCAAGGCAGCAGGUUUCUCUCACGACGACCUCAUUGACCUGGACAAUGAGCGGGAUGAAGCCUCGGGGUUUGCCUACACCAUCCAAUCCAAGGCUGACACAGCUCCCGGCCACAAAGUCUUCAAAGCCCCAGGUUGGCCAAUUGUUUCUGGCGACAAAUUCACUGUCCGAAGACCCACCAGCGAUGCAGCUCUAUUUGUAGAGAUGGUCAAGCUAAGAUGGCACCUGGGACAGCUCGCAGCAAUCUCUGGAGCCGCAGGAGACUCCGACUUCAUUUUCGGCCAUGAUGACGAGUUUGAAGAAAAGGUCAGAAACUACGGCAGGGUUCGGAGACAAGUAGACCGGGAGAUGGCAGAGGAAGCAUUGGAACAGAAGAACAAGAUGGCGGCCCAAAGUCCAUCAAAAGUCAAGCCGCAGGUUCCAGCGCGGCGUCCCGAACCCCCCCAGCCAUCCAUGCCCGGGGAUCUGGGAGAUAUUACCAACCUCCCGAUCCGUCGCCGACCAGGUUCCCCGAGCAAGGAAAGCUCGCCAACGAAAACCCCUACCAGGUCACUGACUGAGGCAAGAACCCGGCAGCAAACAGCCGCCGGUAGUGAUUUUUCAGAACAAUCAGUUCAGGUGCGAGGGCGAUCCGAGAAUACGCCUUCGCGUGAGGAUGAUGAGGAAUAA